AGAGGGUCCGGCAACUACAUGAAACAGGAUCCCUCUUCUUUUAGAGAUGUCUGCAGUGCUAAAAUCGCUCUGGACCCUCAAGCAUGGCUUAAUAUUGGUCUUCACUCCUUUGAUGCUUCUUCCUCUUCCCCUUGUUAUCGGUACAACGGAGGCCAGCUGCGCCUAUGUGAUCAUCCUGAUGGCAGUGUACUGGUGUACGGAGGCUCUUCCGCUGGCUGUCACUGCUCUCCUGCCUGCUCUGCUUUUCCCCCUGUUGGGCAUCAUGCAGUCCAAACAGGUGUGCAUGCAGUACCUGAAGGACACUAACAUGCUGUUUGUGGGUGGUCUGAUAGUGGCUGUGGCAGUGGAGCACUGGAACCUGCACAAGCGCAUCGCACUCCGUGUGCUGCUAUUCGUCGGAGUGCGUCCAGCACUUCUGAUGCUGGGCUUCAUGGGAGUGACGUCCUUCCUCUCCAUGUGGAUCAGUAACACGGCCACCACGGCUAUGAUGGUGCCCAUACUGCAGGCCGUGCUGGAGCAGCUGGAUUGCCGCGAGGCCGCGCCGGACCGCCCCGAGCCUCUGCUGGAGCCCGAGGGCUGCGGCGAGGUACCGAGCCAGGCUCCAGAGACGCAGUACCUUCAGCUGGCCAAGUAUAAAGGCGGCCAAGGGGCGGUGCUGAGCAGCCCAGACGCCGAGGCGUCCCGACGCCGCCAGGCUGCGGAGAGGUGGCCGGCGUGUAAAGGCAUGACGCUGUGCGUGUGCUACGCUGCCAGCAUCGGGGGCACGGCCACGCUCACGGGCACCGGCCCUAACCUGGUGCUGAAAGGACAAAUGAGCCAAUUGUUUCCUCAGAAUGCCGAUGUCAUCAAUUUCGCCUCCUGGUUUGGCUUUGCCUUCCCCAACAUGAUCAUCAUGCUGUUGUUGGCCUGGCUGUGGCUUCAGUUUCUGUACAUGGGGUUCGACUUUAAAAAGACGUGGGGAUGUGGCUCAGUGAAGACCCAGAAGGAGAUCGCCGCUUAUAAUGUAAUCCGGGAGGAGCACCGGCUGCUGGGGCCUAUGUCGUCUGGCGAGCUGAGUGUGCUGGGACUCUUCGCCCUCCUCGUGGGGCUAUGGUUCACCCGCGACCCCGGCUUCGUGACCGGCUGGGCCACGUGCACAUUCAACUCGGAUGCUGAGUUCGUGACGGACGCCACGGUGGCAGUGUUCGUGGCUCUGCUCCUCUUCGUCCUACCCUCGAAUCCGUCACUUCUUUUCUGCUGGCCUCCUGCUGGCCCCGGCCCAGCCCUGCUCACCUGGAAGGUGGCCCAGAAGAAAAUGCCCUGGAACAUAGUGCUGCUUCUGGGGGGAGGCUUUGCUCUAGCCAAAGGGAGCGAGGAGUCAGGCCUGUCCACGUGGAUGGGUAAUCAGUUAACCCCCCUGCACAAUAUACCUGCCUGGGCCAUGGUCAUCGUCCUGUGUCUCCUGAUCACCAUACUGACAGAGUGCACCAGCAAUGUAGCCACAGCUACUAUCUUCCUCCCUGUCUUGGCCUCUAUGGCCCCUCCAGCAGCCAGCCAAGUUCUCACCCAGCCCAGUUCUUCCGGCACCCCAUCCCCACAGUCUUCUGAAUUGGGCCCCGUCCUCCCCACACUGUUCCCAGUCGAUUGGCGUGAAUCCCCUUUACGUUAUGGUGCCCUGCACGCUCAGUGCCUCUUUUGCUUUCAUGUUACCCGUGGCGACGCCCCCCAACGCUAUUGUGUUCUCAUACGGCUACCUCAAGGUUUCAGACAUGACGAAGGCAGGCAUAACGAUGAACAUUAUUGGGAUCCUUUGCACCAUGCUGGCCAUCAACACCUGGGGUAGGGCCAUGUUCCACUUGGACUCUUUCCCGGCAUGGGCCAACAGGACGGGCUCGUGAAGGGCUGCGUCUGGCCAAGUGAAAACGCACAGCAAACCUCCUAUCCUCCUAAACACCUCGUACCUGCACCACUGUCCACAGGGGAGCUCCUCCUGUAGCUCUCUGAGGCUGCCACUGUUAACAUGAAAUACUCAGUUCACUAAGUAGCAUUUAUGCCUGUUUUUAUCUUUAUGGGACAGUAAUUCAUGUCCAAGUCCUUUAAAUCAGGGUUUUGGUUGUUUUUAUAUAAGUAUAUUCCAUAUGUAUGGUUGAUAUUAAAAGUAGAAAAAGCAGAUAGCAGGGAGUCAUUAAAACUUGCCCUGUGGGUCUUACACAGAGAACUGUAAUUGUAAUUGUGACUUGUUCAUAUCUGGUGUUUAUUGUCUAAGUGAAGAUACUGUUUACAUGCAAGGUUGAAAUACCAUCAGCCAUCCUGUAAUUUAAUAAGAGUUCUCAACAUCUUUGCUGUGGUCAUCUUCAUGAAAUGAUUCAAUUGGCUGGUAAUGCACAAAUAUGUACUCACACUGCAGUUGUGCAGCUAUCAUAUAUCAUAGAUAUAUGCUUAUCAUCCCUGCCAAUGUUCACCACACAUACCAGCAGUAUAUGUGUGUGUGUGUGUGUGUGUGUGUGUGUUCCUGAGUACAAUGGAUAUAGUACAAUGUGUUUUGUACUGUAUGUAACUGUGUAUGUUUUUUACCUGUACAAAUAAAAUCUGUAGAAUAUUG